GGAGGAGGGAGGUGGAGAGGUAUUCUCUUCCUCAGAGGACAUGCCGGUACUUUUCCACAGCAAGAUGUCCUGAUAAUGGAGAGAGAGUGAGCGAGCAAGAGAUUGAGAAAGAGUAAUUCGGUGCAUUGAAUUGCGUGCGUAUGUGCCGUCACAGCCAGUGUGAAAUGUUUUUUUGCCAACCUACCUCUUGAAGUUCUUAAAACAGCCCCAAACUUGCCAAACUAAAGAUGGUCAAACAAUUCUCUAUAUGUCCCCGUGCCUUGGCUAAAGAGUUUUAAGGCUUGUGCGGGGUGCGUGCCGUUUUCUGGUUGGUGAUGCUACAACAGCAUGUGUCGAAUUGAAUGACUGACAGAUGUCAAAAGCUAAUAACUCACAGCGACACUCUUUGGUAGAGCUGAACAUCGUAGCUAUCUCAAAAUAACAUACUGCACGUGAAUGUUCAAGAAGACUCUUAUCAGUAUCCUACAUGUUAGGCGUAUGCAUUUGUGGCAUUUAUCUGCAUACUAGCUCUCUCUUUGUAAGAAGGCAUUUCGAGUACCGCUACCGUAGAUUGCACGAUACAGGGUUAGGUUCUUUUAUUUUGUGUUACAGUUAGUAUUGUCCCUAGUGAAACACAUUUCGUUGCAACUCGCUGCCCCGCAGCUGUCUCCUGAUAGGUCUGUGCGUUCAGCGGGAAGGAGUGCGGUCACUUAAACCGUUCGUCGUUAUGGAGAUGUCUGUGUACGGAAACAUCAGAAGAUUACGCAUGUGUGACAUGCAUAGGCUUCUAGUAGAUACAUUACGAUACACCAAUUGAAGCAGAUUCUCCCAGAACUAUACAACAUCGAGCAAAAAGGACGAAGGAAGACACUCUUAUAGGGGUCAGGUGCACGAGCACAUGUCAGAGGAGGUAGAAGAGAGGAAGGAGGAGGAGGAGAAGAAGGAGGUGGAGAGGAGAUGACAUCAUGCCUGUACGAGUGUCUGUGUGAAGUUGGUUUGCAGCGUCACUAUCACAGGUUUGCAGCGCUGGGUGUCCGCUGGGCUGCCCAGCUGUCCAGGCUUACCAUGGAGGACUAUCCCCACCUGGGGGUCCUAAACAUGGACGACCGAGCCCGGCUCUACCGCCUGGUGCAGCUGGUCAAGACCCUGGAUGAGGACCAUCACGGGGAUGAUGAUUGUGGUGGUGAUGGUGGAGUGGAGAUCUCAAACUCCACCGGAAGGACUCCGACGCGCAGGCAGCUGGAUUUCAGCGGCGGGUCCUCCUGGUCUCAACCCAGACACGGCCGGGCGGGGAUGGGUGUCCGGCUCUGUGACAACCACACUGACCGGAUCUCGCAGGUCAUCGGAAGACCGACCAACCGCAGCUCUCAGACCAGAGAGACAGCCAGACCGUUGUCCAAUCACAAACCCUCGCUGAAAUGCACCGGAGCGACACGACACGGAGGCAGCAGGCUGACCAAUCAGAAUGUCGACUUCUGGAAUGAGGACACGCCUGUUCGUGCGGGGACAAUGACACGCCAGAGGGGCAGAGGGGAUCAUGGGACGCCUGUAAGAAGGCCUCUGUCCACACUCGUGUCCGAGUCUCCUGGCUACAACUACGGUCUCCCACUCAGCUCCCCAGUGACCCACAGGAAGUCAGCGGGAGAGGAGAGGAUCAGAGUGUGUGUGAGGAAAAGGCCGCUGAGGCCUGCGGAGGACAGGAGGGGGGAGGCGGACGUGGUGAGCGUCCAGAAUGGAGAAUGUGUGACGGUCCACGAGAGCAGAGAGGCUGUGGACCUCACCCAGUACAUCCUGCAGCACAGGUUCUACUAUGACCAGGUGUUUGGGGAGGAGAGCAGUAACGAGCAGGUGUACCAGAGCACUGCCUUUCCCCUGGUCCAGCACCUUCUUGCUGGCGGCAAAGCUACAUGCUUUGCAUACGGCCAGACAGGUGCAGGGAAGACUCACACCAUGCUGGGCCCGUCUCCAGGGAGACCAGGGCUGUAUGCUCUGGCGGCCAGAGACAUCUUCAGACACCUCCACUCCUCUUCCACCUCCUCCUCUCUCCUAGUCUGCGUCAGCUUCUUUGAGAUCUACUGUGGCCAGCUCUACGACCUUCUGGAUCGCAGGAAAAAGUUGUUUGCGAGGGAGGAUGGCCACAAGGUGGUGCAGAUCACAGGCCUCAGGCAGGUCAGGGUGGAGUCAGUCAGCUCACUGCUGGAGGUGGUAGGGAGGGGUACAGCAGAGCGCACCCAGGGAGUGAGUGGGGUGAACCCCUCCUCCUCCCGCUCUCACGCCCUCCUGCAGAUCCAGCUGAGAGACUCCGCCCAGCACGCCACUGGCAGGAUGUGGUUUGUGGACCUGGCGGGGAGCGAGAGAGCAGCUGACAGCAGGGAGCCAGACAGGCUGAGCCGCAUAGAGGGAGCUGAGAUCAACCAGAGUCUCCUGGCUCUGAAGGAGUGUAUCCGUUCUCUGGACCAGGAGAACUCACACACACCUUUCAGACAGAGCAAGCUCACACAGGUUCUGAGAGACUCUUUUGUUGGUGAUUCAAAGACGUGCAUGAUUGCUAACAUCUCCCCCAGUCACCUAGCAACUGAACACACCCUCAACACACUCAGAUAUGCAGACCGGGUGAAAGAGCUGAAGGGAAAAGGAGGAGGAAGAGGAGGAAGAAGAGGGCUGAAAAAAGGGGGUGGAGGAGGGAGGGCUGUAGGUGUAACCCCCACCCCAAAACACAUCCAGACCACCAGCAGCAGCAGCAGUAGUGGAAGCCUCACCCAGGGCCCCAAAAGCCCCCUGAAGAGGCUCCGACUGGGGCAGAGGAGGGAGUCUGGUGACCCUGCUGGUGACCCUGCUCUGAGGCUGGCGACGGGCGGAGCUUUGCUCUGCUCCACUCCCAAGCGUGGGGGCGCCGGGCAGGGGAGAGGGCGGGUGAGGGAGGAGGGCCUGGUCCUGGAGCACAUCAGCCCCGUGAGAGGGACCCUGGAACAGUGGGGGGCCAGGAGAGAGAGAGCGGGGGUUGAGAGAGAGAGGAGAAACGACAGAGAUGGGAGAGAGGGGAAGGAGAGGCAUCCGAAUGGAGAUGCACAACAUGGGGACGUGGUCCCAGAGGAAGGGGCGGGUCUGUCGACAAGACGGCGAAUAAGAGAGGAGAUGGACCUCUUGGGCACACCAAGAGAGGGAGGGGCCAGUGGAGGUCAGAGGUCAGGGAGAGAGAGGGUUGGAGGGGUGGAGAGAACGAGAGCUGAGCUGAGAGGAGAAGAAAACGAGGGCAGGAGGUGGAUGGAGCUGGGAGAUGUUGUGAGAAUGAGAGAGGAAAGCGCUGAAGGAGGAAGAGAGAGCCACGUGGACGGAGGAUGGGCGAGAGAAGCCGCGGGGCCGAGGAACGGAGGGAGCAGCGGCGAAAGAGAGAGAAGGAAAGAGGAGAGCGAGAGUGAAAGAGUGAUGCACCUCCGAAGAUACCACCAGCGGCUUCAGCAGUUCCACCCUCUGUCUCUCCAGGGGUGUGGCCGGAGAGGCAGGACCUGGGGGAAGAGGAUGAUAUCCUAUUGGAGGAGGAGUGGAGCACAGAGGAGGAAGAUGAGGGGGAUAGUUUCACUAUGAGAUCGACGGGUAGCAACAGCGACAAUAACAGUCUCCACCCCCAGCCAGCCCUCUCCCACCACCUCCGUGCCCCAGCCGAGAGACCCCUCUCCCCAGCUGACCUCACUGACACCUCCCCUUCUCCGGGGAAACUCAACGACCUCUCCCUGGAGUUCAAACUCGACAACCACCCAUCCAACAGCCAGGGUCUAGAAUCCCACAACAUGAGCCCUGGACUCAGCCUUGGGGAGACAACAUUUAACCGCGGAGAGGGGGCACCAAGGGCCUCGGGGCUGCCCAGGCACCCAAACCAAGCAACCCAUCCUCUGGAACGUCAACCCCCUGAGACACGUACGCAUCCUGGGACUGGAGCCCAGACCUCCACGCCUCAGUCCAGUGGUGACGGGUCCCUCUGCUCCAUGGAGCCCCUCAGCCUGUCCCAGCUCCAGGUAGAGCAGCUGCUCGCCACCACCUCCUUCCUCAGCCUCCCCACCAACACCCCCUGGCCUCUGGACACACAGACCGGGGAGAGGGCCCGGGUGGAGACACGGAAAGCACCAGGUGUGGAGGAGGGGGGGAGAGAGAAUGAGGAGGGAGAGGUGGAGUUGUCUCUGGCAGAGCUCAUUGGAAUCAAAACUACGAGUCAAGUCUCUCUUUCUACAAUCCACCACUCUGGAAACCUUGAAAAGAGCUAUACACACACUGUGCCUUUAACACACACUACAGCACAGCACACACAGACACGUUCUGUCAUCACAACAGAUACACUUCAGAGCACACGAGCUGAACAGAAUGCUUCUGAUUGGCCCCGUCCAGCAAGGCCUUCCAAUCUGAUUGGCUGUCCAGCACAGACUCUUGAAACCUUGGAGCAUGUCCAAUGGAGUGUGCUGCAGGCUCACAUGGACCAACUGGAGGAGAUGGAGCGUCUGUGUGUGAGAGAGGAGACUCUGCUGAGUGGACAUCCCGUCAUGGGCUUUGUGGAGUACGUUGAGAAACUGGAGGAGAUCAUGGAGGAGAAGAACCAGUGUGUUGACAAGCUGAGGGCUCAGCUGAAACCCUACCUCCUGAGAGAGAGGGGGGACUCCUGAGAGAGAGAGAGAGAGAGAGAGAGAGAGAGAGAGAGAGAG